GUUGAAGUGAUAACAACUAGAAAUAAAUUGUAGUUAUUCGUAAUAUUUAUAGUGAAAAUCUUAAGAUAACGAAAAUGAAAACACAAAAUCAAAUGUUUGGAUGGUGUCUCCUCGGACUUAUUGCAAGUCACUGUGUGCUUAUGACAUUUGCAUAUCCUCAACAAUUUUCACAACAACAAAUUUCUUCAUACAAACAGCCUCAACAGCAUAGGUUCAUUCCAGCUGCAAAAGCUGACGCGAGAAAGUUUGCCGAGAAACCAAAUGCUUUAAAAAAAGUUGCUCUUGAUGACAUCGAUGAUGAUAUUCAAACAAAUCAAAUUUCAGAUAAUGGCUUCUCGUGGUCAAACAUGCUAGGUAGCAUGCUUAUGCAAAUGUUCUUCAAUGGAGCUAACGGAGCAAACGCUAAUAUUCUUCCAACAAAAUCUGAUGAUGUUGACAAUGGAGUUGCUCCAGCCUCAUCAUGGGCAAAUAUUAUUUCAGUUGGAUUGAAAAUAAUUACAGCAUUAUUAGGAGGAGGCAAUGGAGGCGAUGGAAUUGAUAAAGUUGAUAACGGAAAUUCACCGAUGCAGGGAGUUUUAACUGCAGUCUUCAGCACACUGUUUGGUUCAAAAGAUCCAGAACAAGUGAAUACUAUGGCCAAACAAGCUGGAGAGUUCAUCAGCAUUGUUCUUAAUUUGUUAGACGCAUUGAAGACAUCAUUCUCACAUCGUUCGCUUAAUGCCAGAUCAUUGGGAAGAAAAGAUUCUGUGGCCGAUGCAGCCGUAGCAUCAAUUUCAAUGCUUAAAGGUUAUGUGAAAACAUACAACAAUGAUGACGAAAAAUGUAUGCAAAAAUUCUUGUGCGAAGCUAAUGAGGAGUGCUCAUCCGACAUUGGAGGUCACAGUAUCUUCUGUCAACUUGGAUCAUAUGCUGCAAGUUUCAUCCUUGAGCGCCAAACAGGACGCACUUUCGAGUCACUUUAUGAUGCUGGUCGCAAAGGACGAACAGGAGUGGAUUGCAAACAAAUUUAUCUAGAAUGUAAUCAAGUUUAAGGGAAAUUCUUUUGAAUUAGUUCUAUGUAGAUUCUUUCUCACUUUUAAUUUUAAAAAAUCUCUUUUUGAGGUCAUUCAAAAUUGUUGUCUCAAUCCUUUCACGAAAUCUUUAUAGUUUUUGUUUGAAAUGAUGGAUAACAUGAUUGAAUGGCUGUUUUAUAAAUACUGAAAUCACUUGUGAUCUUAAACAAAAAAAAAACAACAAUUGACUUCCAAUACCAAUGCUUUUUGACUUAUGCAUCUUACACAUAUCUUAAUGUGUCACAUUAUAAGCACAAUCUUUAUUUUAAUUGAUAGUAAUUUAUUUUUUAUUUAUUGAACUAUUGUGAACUCCU